UGACCGCUACUGAAAAUUCCAUACAUUCUUCGACCCUCUGUGUUUUACUUAUAUUUUUAACGAAAUACGUGGAAGGAUAUAUAUUUUGGUGUAAAGUUAAUAAUCUCGGAAGUUAUAACGAAGCUGCUUCCUGUUACCUAACUAUCAUGGAAAUAUCUAUCAUAAAGUAAAAAAUAAAAAAAAAAUGAAUUUGCAACGGGACACUAAAAUUGACCUUAGCGGUCCAACAAUUCCAACAAUAUUUAAAUCUAAUAAAAUAGAUGCAUGGAAUGAUAGCGACUCAGACGAAAAUUUAGAUCAAUCAAUAUCACAUAGGAAGAUUAUAAGGAGAUGGAACCAGCUCUCGCGUUUGCAAAGGUCAUUGAUUUACGUGUUUUUCACUGUAUUAUUAACAGUGGUCCUCGUAAUCCUUUGUUUACCGAAACCAACCUCAGAUGUGAACAAGAUAAAAAGGAAACUCGAACAGGACGCCUUGAAAAAUGUAUCACAAGCCAAAGAGCCAGCGAGUAAUUUGGAUCAAGUGAAAAAGGUGAUAUACGACAUAGAAGUAAAUGAAAGGCCCGUCUUCUCAGGCCCCGGUAACGCUCGCCAAUUCGCCGUGGUUGAAUCAUUCAAGCACGCAUGGAGGGGCUACAAAGAACACGCCUGGGGUCAUGAUAACUUGAAGCCAGUUUCUGGAAUGGCGUACGACUGGUUCUCGCUCGGACUCACCAUUGUAGAUAGCCUCGAUACAGCAUAUAUUAUGGGAUGUAAUGAAGAGUUCGAGGAAGGCAAGCAAUGGAUUAAAAACGAAUUGAUCUUCACUAAGAACAAAGAUGUGAAUUUCUUCGAGGUGACCAUUAGAGUUCUCGGCGCUCUGCUCACUAACUAUCAUUUCACAGAAGAUACACUUUUCCUAGAUAAAGCUAAAGAUCUCGGCGAACGCCUCAUGGCUGCUUUUUCAUCUCCAUCUGGCAUUCCAUACUCGGAUGUCAACCUUGGCACACGAACAGCACACGCGCCUGAGUGGUCGCAUUACAGUACCACCGCUGAGGUUACCACCGUUCAGCUGGAAUUCCGAGAGCUGUCCAGGGCCACCAAUAAUCCUAUGUUUGAGGAUGCAGCCACGGCAGUAUCAGAGAAAAUUCACCAGUUACCGAAGAAGCAUGGUCUCGUACCGAUAUUCAUAAAUCCAAAUACCGGUCACUUCUUACCGCAUGCCACAAUCACUCUCGGUGCUAGAGGAGACAGCUACUACGAAUACCUACUGAAACAAUGGUUGCAGACCGGAAAGACUAUUAAUUAUUUACUUGAUGACUACGUGACCGCCAUAGAAGGUGUCAGAGAAUAUUUAGCAAAGCGGUCUUCACCCAACAAGCGAUUAUUCAUUGGUGAACUGGCGUCUGGCUCAGAGGCAUUCAAUCCUAAAAUGGAUCAUCUUACCUGCUUCUUACCUGGAACUCUGGCACUGGGUCAUGCCAAUGGCCUACCCGGUUGGCACAUGACAAUGGCCGAAGAACUACUGUAUACUUGCUACUUGACCUAUGCGGCUCAUCCUACAUUCUUGGCACCAGAGAUAACACACUUCAACAUGGUCAGUGCAACUGAUGAUAUGUACACAAAGACAGCAGAUGCACAUAGUCUUUUACGUCCGGAAUUCGUCGAGAGUCUGUGGUACAUGUACCAAUUAACUGGUAAUACGACCUACCAGGACUGGGGAUGGCAGAUUUAUCAGGGUUUCGAGAAAUAUGCCAAAGUACCAAACGGCUACACAUCACUCGCGAACGUGAAAUCAGAGAAACCUAUACCAAGGGACAUGAUGGAAUCCUUCUUUAUGUCUGAAACCCUCAAGUAUCUUUACCUGCUGUUCAGUGAAGACAGGUACAUCAUCGACCUGAACAAAUACGUCAUCAAUUCCGAGGCUCAUCCAUUGCCCGUACACAAGAACUAAUGUAGAAACAUCCGGGACCCAUUUGAAAUGUACAGGAUUUCAAGGGAACAUCUUAAGUGUAUGUAGUCAGUGUUAACAGUUAUUAUUCGUGAUUACUGUUUAUGUGAUUCAGAUUUAAAAAAUAAUUUUCGAAAAACUAAAACUUAAUUUAUUAUAAACUUUAAUCACAAUUUUGUCAUAAUAUAAAAUAUAGCUAAUCCAAUUUAUUAUACGUAAAUAGUAGAUGUCGUCAGUAAUCGAUGCUUACAAUAGAAUAGGGGUCCUGAUAGCUCAGUAAUUGGCUCGUCUAACAUUUUAAUCAAAAUCUUUCUUCGUAAAAAUGGCUUACGAUAUACAGAGUGGUCUUAAACUUAAUGAAGUCCAUUACUAUAUAAUUCGUACAAAUUUAAAAUAAAAUUUCAGUAUAGAACACAGCAAACAUCUGUAUGGCUUAAAAUUAUUCUUCAUGAGAUGCCAUAAGAAGUUACUUCGAAUUCCAAGUACUUAAUAAAUAAUAUUAUUCAAUAUAAAUAUUUGAAAUGUUUGCUUUAAUUAGCUGGAUUGCAUUUCGUUAUAUUUUAACUUUUCUAUUGAGGUGGAUCAAUGUAAAUGAGUCCUGAGUGCCAAAAUGUAUUAAAACUGCACGAAAAGGUAGAAUUAGCUGUCACCUAAUUAAAACUAUGAUCACCGUGAUGUAUUUUUUGUUUUGAUACAUUUCGGCGCUCACAAUCUUCAUAUUCUUAAUAAUACAUUAAGAAUAUUUCAGUUAAUUAGUUUAAUAUAUAUAUUUAUAAUAUAAUAUUUACAAUACAUAUAUUUAGUUACACUAUCCUCACAACUAACUUUUUUAAAUUAUUAUUACUAAUUUUGUCAUAAUGUUAGCAUAUUCACA